AUGAUGAUGAAUUUUAGGGGAUUGAGCGGUUUGGAGAAGGAGUGUAUGCUGAAGCAUCACGAGCACGAGACCAAGGACAAUCAAUGCAGUUCGUUCCUCAUCAAGCACGUUAAAGCUCCUGUUCAUCUCGUUUGGUCUCUGGUGAGGAGCUUCGAUCAACCACAGAAAUACAAGCCUUUUGUCAGCCGUUGUCACGUGCAGGGAAAUCUUGAAAUCGGCAGUCUAAGGGAAGUCGACGUGAAGUCGGGUCUUCCUGCUACUACCAGCACCGAGAGAUUGGAGCUUCUCGAUGAUGAUGAGCACGUGUUAAGUGUCAGGAUUGUUGGUGGGGACCACAGGCUCAGGUUAGCUGGGCCAUUCGGUUGCGAUAUCUGGCCCGCCCGUUCCAAGUGGGGAGUUGGGCCGUGCGAUCUAGGCGAAGGCUCUGGUCUCUCGGCCCGUAGAGCGGAGGGCACUGCGUCAGGCUGGCCUCACAGAGCAGCGAGAACCUCCCGCUCUCUACAGUGGAAGGAUAACGGGCCGGUGCUUCCUUGGCCCAAAUAA